AUGCGCGCGUGGCGCGUUGAUAGUGCCGCUUCUGGGCUGCUGCAUCCCGCAGAAGCGAUGGGCGUGCUGGGGGAGGAAGGGAGGGGGCGAGGGGGGGAGGACGGCGCAAGGUGGGCGGAAGGAGCGGAGAGGGGGAGGGGAAGAGCAGCGGAGGGGAUGAAUGGGUCAGCUCCGAGCUGGGCAGCUACUGCAGCACGCCACAGCAUGUGCGGAGCUGGCAACGAAUCUGGCGCAGGUGAAGCCCCCCACCUUGCCUCAUGCACUUUGAGUCCAUACAAACCCAACGCCACCAUCCUGUACUCCCCUCCACCCCUCCAGGCGCAGCUGCUGCAGCACGCCACAGCGUGUGCGGAGCUGGCAACCAACCUGGCGCAGGUGAAGCCCCCCGACCCCGUCUCAUGGGGGGACGCUGUUGAGAAACACUACGGCGCCCGCCCCCCUUCCUCUCCCCAUGCGCCCCCGCCGCAUGCGCCCCCUCCCCAUGCGCCCCCUCCCCAUGCGCCCCCUCCCCAUGCGUCCCCGCCCCAUGCGCCCCCGCCCCAUGCGCCCCCGCCGCAUCCGCCCGCUGAUUCUGCUGCCCCUGCUGCUGGUGCUGGCCCGUCCCAUCCGCCUGCUGCUGCUGCUGCUGCUGCUGCUGCUGCCGUGCCCCAUGCCGCUUCUGCUCCUGCUCCUGCCACUCACAAUCCUGCUGCCACCCCUCCCAAUGCUGCUAGCGCCGCCCCUCACCCCAGCCACCCCAGCCACCCCAGCCACCCUAGCUCCUCCAGGCUCCCCCCAGAGCACCUCACAUGCGCCCAUCACCCCAGCGCCCCCAGCGCCCGCACCGCACCCAACGCCCCCACAACCCCCAGCGCCCACACCCCCCCCAGCGCCCCCAGCGCCCACGCCGGCCCCAGCGCCCCCACAGCACCUGCUCCCCCGCCCCUCAAGCCUCCCCACCAGCACCGGCGCAGGCGGAGGGGGAGGCGGCGCACACAGGCAGUGGGGCGGCGGGCGGACGGUUAUCCUGACCACUUCUGGCCCUCCUAUCCCCCUGACGAGACUCCUCCCCCGCCCAUGCCUGGUUUGGGCGCGGGUGGGGGAAUAGAGGGAGAGGAGGGGGAGGGGUGGGAGGAGAUGGAGGAAGGGGAGGAUGGGGAGGGGGAGGAGAGUGCGUUGGAGGAGGCGAUGAGGGUGGUGGAGGAGAUUAAGGCGACGCUUAUGGAGUGCCAGGGCCAUGCCAAGUUCCAUGCCAUCUACCAGCUCUCCAUGGAGCCCAUCCUCGUCUUCUCCAGCAGCAUGGCGCUCAUCGAGUGCAACGAUGCGGCGGUGCGGUUGAUGCGCUUCCGCAGCCGAGCAGACGCCCUGGCCAACUUCCGAGUGGCCAAGAUGAGCCCCGAGUUCCAGCCUGAUGGGCGGCGGUCCCGGGAGGCGAUUUUAGGCAUGCACGGGCGGAUGAUGAGUGGCGAGGUGGUGGAGUUUGAGUGGUGCCACCUCACUGCUGACGGGCACCCCAUAAUGCUGCAGGUGGGUGGGUUGACAGCUGUUGUGAAGGUGAAGAUCGUAGAGAUCGGCGGCGAGUCAUGCCUCUUAGCUGUGUGGCACGAUCUAACCGAGUCCAAGCGCAAGGAGGAAGAGCUCCGAGCCGCCAAAGACGCGGCCGAGGCAGCGAGCGAGGCGAAGAACCGGUUCCUGGCGAACAUGAGCCAUGAGCUGCGCACCCCCAUGAAUGGCGUCAUCGGUGUCGCCGAGCUGCUCCUCCGCACCCCCCUCACCCCGCAGCAGCGCUCCUACGUCGACGUCAUCUCCUCCUCCGGCACGGCCCUCAUUCAUAUCAUAUCCGAUGUGCUCGAUAUUACCAAGAUGGAGGCGCAUGCGCUGGUAUUGGACCGCAACCCGUUUGAUCUACGGAGGACUCUGUCUCAGUGCAUUGCUGUCGUUCGCACCGCUGCUGACGGCAAGGGGCUCAAGCUGCACAGCCGUGUGAAAGAGGGCGUGCCAGCAUGUGUGCUGGGAGACCAGUUCCGAGUGCGGCAGAUUCUCCUCAACCUGCUUUCCAAUGCCAUCAAGUUCACUGACAGGUGUGUGCACACAGUGAUCCUGCUCAACCUGCUCUCCAACGCCAUCAAGUUCACCGACAGGGGAGAGGUGGAGGUGCAAGUAUACCUGCAGAGCAAGCCACACCUGCCCUCAGCACUGCCACCAGUCGAAGCUCCUUCUGCUCCUUCUGCUCCAGCUACCCACUGCUCUGCUGCUACUCAAACUGUCGCUGCUACUCACAACCUCGUUGGUACUCACAACCCUGCUGCUGCAAGCCUGGUUGAGCCUCAUUCAGAGAAGGGAGAGUCAAAUAGCACAUACGCACUCGAAGCGAGUUCAAUAGAAGCACAUUCAGUAGAAGCGCAUUCACCAGAUACGCAGCUGCUGAACGACGAAUCUGGGCCGUCCAAAGCUGAGCCUGAGAUCACCAAUGGCCCUCCUCCCCUUGCCACUGCCACCGCCGCUGAUACUGCUUGUUCUGAAGGAGCAGCGGGGGCAGAGGGAGAGCGAGCAGAGCGUGCACAAGUGGAGGCACAAGAGGAGGCAGCAGUGCUAGCAGCAGCGCCGCACACCCUGCCACUGCACCCUCCGCUCCCGGGGCUGAUUUCUGAGCCACUUCCGAAACCGUUUGCAGCGCCGCACACCCCGCCACUGCACUCCCCUCUCCCUGGAUCAUCCCUCUCCUUCCCUGCAGCAGCAGCAGCACCCAUCCACACGUGCCACUCUGCCACCCACCUGAGCGCCCUGGCCGAGGGUGUGAGCGAGGGCCCUUAUCAGGCAGGUGAAAGGGUCUGUGAGGGGAAGCAAGGGGUGGUUUGUGAGGCGACUCAGAAGACAUGCCGGGCGGGUGAAGGGGGCAUCAAGGGAUUGCUGAUGGGUGUGCAGCAGGGGUCGGUGGGUAAAGCCCCUCCUGCCAAACGCGCACGUGUGGGCGGGUGCCAUGGGGGCGGGGGUCGUGGGUUGAGUGCUGGGGGUAGGAGAGGGCGUGGGGGACGUGAGGGGGAAGGGGGAGGCCGGGAGGUCCAAAAAGGAGAACAGGGUGGGGGAGGGGGAGGUGAAGGAGCCGGCAAAGAGAGUGGGGUGCGUCACACAUGCCAAGCCUCGUGGAAUGCUCCCGGGGCCGUGCUGGCUCGGGCCGAUGCUGCUGUGGUGGCUGGGGGUGCUGUAUUGACUGGCUUGGGUGGUGGGACAGGGGUGAGUGAGGGGGGAGGGUUGGCCAGAGGGGCAGAUAGAACAGUAGGGCGGCGCAUGAUCUAUCCUGAAGAAGCCGCCAAAGCAGCAGCAAGGGAAGCAGGAACAAGGGAGAUACCAGCAGCAGCAGCAGCAGCAGCAGCAGCAGCAGCAGCAGCAGCAGCAGCAGCAGCAGCAGCAGCAGCAGCAGCAGCAGCAGCAGCAGCAGCAGCAGCAGCAGGAGGAGGAGGAGGAGAAGCAAAGAGGGUGGGUACACGUGGGGCAGAGAGGAUAGAAGGUGGGCAAGUGGGUAUGAAGCAGAGGGACAUGCAAAGGCAGGAGGACGGGGGAGACCUGGCCAGAGCAGCUGCCGCAGGAGGAUGCUCAUUAGCAGGAGGAGAAGCUCCCUUGGCAGGAGGAGAAGGUCCCUUGGCAGGAGGAGAAGCUCCCUUGGCUACAUGUGAACAAAACGCCAUGCACUGCGCCCAGCGAUGCAAGGAGGAGCCAGUGCCCGUUCAUCCUGCUUCUGAAGAGAUGCACACAGAGAGAGGAGCAGCGCAAGAAGAACAACCCGCAGAGGCAGGCGAGGCGGCGGUAUGGGUGAGGAUAGAUGUGCGGGACACAGGUGUGGGGAUACCAGAGGAUCAGCUGGGGCGGCUGUUCACGCCGUUCCGGCAGGUGGACGACUCGUCGUGCCGCAAGCACGGCGGCACGGGCCUGGGUCUCUCCAUCUGUCGCUCGCUCGCGGCGCUCAUGGGGGGCUGCAUCUCCGUCGCCUCCUCCCCCCGCCACGGCUCCACCUUCUCCCUCUCCCUGCCCUUCACUCCUACGUCUGCCCCCCCUGCUUGCAGCGGGCAGGAGGCAGACCUGAAGGUUGUGGGUAGUGCUUCGCUGCCUGAUGUGGUGGCGAUGCCGUUAAUGCCUGCUGAUGACCCUCUGGUGCAGCAGCAGCAGCGGCAGAAGGAGGAGCGGCAACGGCAGGAGCAGCAGAGGCAAGAGGCGGAGCAGGAGGAGGAGGAAGAGGAGAAGGAGCAAGGGUGGGAGGAGGGGCAGGAGGAGAAAGAAACGCAUUCUGCUGGUGGUGGGGGGUGUGGGUGUGAGAGAGAGAGCAGGAGGGCAACGGGUACAAGGGGACCAGGGAAGGAGGGAGAAGAGGAGGGGAGUGGAGGGGAUGGUGUAAAAGCAGGUGGAGGAGGAGAUGAGGUGCAAGAGGGGGAUGCAACGGAGAAAGGGAGAGAGGGACGCCUCAGGUGCAGGAGAGGCGGCUUGAGUGCGAGACAGGGGGUAAUGAGGACAAGUCAGACGCAGAGCAAAAGCAGAGGAUCCAGGGACUCGGCUGGUGUUUCUGGCGGUGCCUGUGGUGCUGCUGCUGCAACUGCUGCUCCUUCUGCUGGGAGUGAAGGUGGGAGUGGCAGGGAGGGAGGCCCCUUCUCUGGGCUGCGGUGUCUGGUGGUGGAGGACAACGCGGUGAACCGCAUGGUGGUGGUGCAGCUGCUGAGGAACCUGCGAGUCUCGUGUGACGUGGCAGAGAAUGGGCACAAGGCCGUGGAGGCCUGCCGCUCCACCAACUACCACGUCAUCUUCAUGGACUGCCAGAUGCCAGUGAUGGACAGCUCUGAGCGCACCACACACAUCCGACGGCUGCAGGGCCUCCCUCACCCCGCUGCAUUGACUUGUUACUUCUCCUGCCUAACUCUUCCCCCUCCCCUGCUGACCCAUUCGUGCUUGCCCUUACAGGACUGCCAGAUGCCAGUGAUGGACGGCUUUGAAGCCACCACGCACAUCCGACGGCUGCAGGCCACCCCUCACACCGCUGAGGCGGGAGCGGUGGGAGAUGCGAAUCCUGGCGAAGCAGUACAAGAAGGGAGGGACGCACAGGGGGUGUGUGGUGGAAACGUUGACACAAGCCUGGCUCCCCAGCAGCAGCAGCAGAUGGGUGUGAAAGCGCAGCAGCGGUCGGCUAUUUACGCGCUGACAGCGAGUGUGUUGAAGCAUGAGAGGGACAAGUGUGCGCAUGCAGGGAUGGAUGGGUUCCUGGCCAAGCCGAUACGCACGAGAGACCUGCAGCUGGUGCUACAGGAGGUGGUGCAUGGACAAACAAACUAG